AAUCAUACUGUAUUUGUGUCUGGAUGCAGAGCUGCCUCCCUAGAUUCAAAUCUGCACAUCCUACGGGGUGGCGGAAAAUAUGAAUGAAUAGGUUCCUGUUGUGCUCCGCUCCACAACAUCCUCACGACAGGAACUGAGCCAACGCAAGAUAAAAACGAAAACAAAAAUAGGGGUGACUCUGUGACGCAUCUCCAUUUUCUGUUAUCAGUAGGAAGGGGAAGGGACACAAUCCGGGCAAGAUAAUGUCAUACUUGGUCGUACCAAGGGCACUGUUGAAGAGUGCAGGCAGCGUGCGAAGAGGUUUCAGCUUUUCAACGAAAUCGAGGGCCAUGGCAGCGGAAGGAAUUUUGGUCGAGAAGCAGGAGAUGAAGUCCUUCAUCAUCCGUUGCAUGGAGAAGGUUGGGACGGAGAAAAGCCACGCAGAGGCCUUGGCGGAUGUCUUGGUCGCAGGGGACCACCGUGGUCACUUCAGUCACGGCCUUAAUAGACUGGAAAUGUACGUAAACGACAUCUCAAGGAAGAUAUGUGAGCCAAAAGGGCAGCCAACCAUAGUGUCUGAACGAGCUGGAACAGCAAUGGUGGACGGAAACAACGUCUUAGGUCCAGUCGUCGGGAUGUUCUGCAUGCAGUUGGCCAUCAAAAAAGCCAGAGAAACUGGUGUGGGUUGGGUUGUUGCGAGAGGCUCGAACCAUUUUGGCAUUGCUGGCUAUUAUACUUUGAUGGCUACUGCUCAAGGCAUGCUUGGAAUGAGUUUUACCAAUGGAUCACCUCUUGUGGUGCCAACAGGCGGAAAAAAGAAGUUGUUGAGUACGAAUCCAAUCAGUGUUGCCGCACCUGCGAAGAAUGGAGAUGAAUUUGUCCUGGACAUGGCAACUUCUGCUGUUGCUUUGGGGAAGAUCGAGCUACAGAAACGUAAAGGAGAACCCAUUCCCAAGGGCUGGGCCGUAGACCCGAAUGGAAAGGUCACCACAGAUCCAGAGGAGGCAAUGAAGGGAGCCCUUCUACCUCUCGGAGGUCCUGUCGAAACAAGUGGCUACAAGGGGUACGGGUUAGCCAUGGUUGUGGAACUGUUUUGUGGAAUCCUCGGCGGGGCUCACUACGGUCCGAACGUCCGUAACUGGCUCAACACCACUGACAAGGCCGACCUGGGACACUGUUUUGUGGCAAUAGACCCAACAGCUUUUGCUCCUGGGUUUGAAGACAGAAUGCAAGACCUCAUGGACACUGCACGAGGAACUGAACCUGCCGACGAAAACGGAGAAGUCUUGGUCGCUGGAGAUCCGGAAAGGAGACACAUGGCAAAGUGCGACGCAGAGGGUGGCAUCCGCUACCACAUCAACCAGAUCAAGUUUGCUGACGGACUCGCAGCGAAGCUAUCCGUGGAUCCUGUCAAACGGAAGACAAACUGAUGUGUUCCUAUCCAACACGCGCAAAUAUACCGAAGCACAACUAAGAACUCUACUGUUGUGUAUACUUUAUAUGACAUAAACAGAUUGUACUCGUAAUAAAAAGCAUAAUGUAACGCGU